GAAAUAGUGGAGAGGAGGACUGUCCCUUACGCAAACUCGGAGAGACUGCCACCCUAUCUGUUUCUUUUGCGUGAAGUAAGGGAUUGCUUAAGUGCACCCUUCAUAUGAGGAAAGGCAUGGGCAAAUAGUUUUUGCUGUUCACGCGUAAUUAUUGACUGCUUUUACACGGCUCAAGAUUGAUUCAGCAGGAUCACGUUACCAAACUCAACCUCGACCUUGUUUGAACCCAGGUGGUGGUGGUGAUAGUUGUAGUUAGGUAGGUAGGUAGGCUAUGUUGUGUGUGUUGGUAUAUGGUUAUGAAUUUCGUACAUGUGUGCACUUCCUGGUAUGUUGGUCAGCACACAAAUCUGUAAUUGUCAGACGCACUGUGUUUAAUUAGCCUACCUACCUGUGUGUGUGUGUGUGUGUGUGUGUGUGUGUGUGUGUGUGUGUGUGUGUGUGUUUUGUCUGUCACCCUCCUUGUCACAUGAUAAAGUGGGGAAUGUAUUUUAGUUAGCUUUCAUUUCCUCGCCUGAAGGUUUCAAGAGGAUAGGCUCACUUCAAAGAGGAUACACCUAAAUAAGAACAAAAUCCUGAAGUGGAACAUCUCUCAAAGGAAGAGGAACUGAAAUGAAAUGAAAUAUUCAAAAUUUCUAUUACUGAGCCGCUUGGGGGGUGGUACUAUGAAACCAUCUCGGGACUUUCACAAAAAAGAUUGGCAGUUGGACGUCUGGUCUACAAUUGCAGCUGCUCCAAUUGAGAAGUGAGAGGGCAUCCUUUUUCUAUCAUUUGGACAGGGCAUACCAGGAUUUGGUCCAUCAUGUCCUUUUACCCUUCCUAUUUGUUGUGCCUUUGCCUGGGGAUUUUAUGUGUGGUGUUUGUGUCCUACUGGAACGCUGCAUGGCGUGGCGGCUUUGCAUGGGAUGGUUCGGGCAAACAGUUCAACUGGCACCCUGUUCUUAUGGUGACUGGUUUGGUGGUGCUGUAUGGUUAUGCGGCUGUGGUGUAUCGUGUGCCUCUAACCUGGGGACAAAAUAAGACUCCAUGGAAACUGCUUCAUGCUGGGACUCUUCUCCUGGCUUUGAUUCUGUCCAUUCUUGGACUUUGUGCUGUGUUUGGUAAUCACAACUCCCAAAACAUCCCCAAUGUGUAUUCGCUGCAUAGCUGGAUUGGCAUUUGCACCGUGGCUCUCUUCGCCUCUCAGUGGGUGGGUGGCUUUGCUGCCUUCUUACUGCCAUGUUCUCCAUUGGAGUUUCGCAAACUGAUCAAACCUACUCAUGUCUGGAUGGGAGGAAUCAUUCUAGUUCUGGGCAUAAUUUCCUGCAUAUCUGGUAUCAAUGAAAAAUUAUUCUUUGCUCUAAAAGGAAAUGGGAAUGGAACACAGCCUUACAAGAACUUGCCACCAGAGGCCCUCUUUGCUAACUUUCUCGGAGUUCUUAUUGUUGCAUUUGGAUUAGUGGUGUUGUACAUCCUGUCUAACCAAAAUUGGCAACGACCAGAGCCUACACAAGAUGUAGAAGGCUAUAGGCCAUUGCAACAUGAAGAAAGUUGAUGGGCACAGAACCACAGUUACCACAGCAACAUGAAGAAAGUUGAUGGGCACAGAACCACAGUUACCACAGCAACGUAAAGAGAGAAUGAAGACAUUCAUCUGCAUGGUGAAAGAAACAUAUAUGCUAGCCAAUGCAUAUAAUGUUUUGAAGUAAUUUAUUUACAAUUUAUUUUUUGCAAACUCAUUGCGGAAAUUUUGAAUAAAUGUUAUGCUUGUAUA